UAGGUUAGUGCGUCCCGCCAUAAAUGAUGGGUCGAUGACAGUAUCGUGAUGAUUCGUAAUAGUAUUUACAUCAACAGCAGAUACUUUCAAAAAUCAAUUCGACAGCUAUGGAGAACCUCGAGGACAACUUGCUGGACGAUGGGGAUGGCGUCGGGGAGGUGACUGCGCAGACGGUGCUCCAGGAGAUCGAAAACGCCUGGAUGAACGAGAGAUUUGCUCCGGAGAUUUUGCCGCAUCAGUCCGACCUGGUGGACUGCAUGCUGCAGCAGAUCGCGCACAUGGAAGAGAAUAUCAAGAGGUUAGACAAAAACGAUCUGCGAGCGCUAGUCCACCGGAUGGAGCUCGAUCGGAUCAAAUACAUCAUCAGCAGCUACCUGCGAGCACGUCUGGAGAAGAUCGAACGAUAUACAAUUCAUAUCCUGUCGGAAGAGGCAAGUAGAAGUCCGGAAGAGGCCUAUUUGACGCCAGGUGAGUCGCAUUUCGCUAAAGAGUACCUGGCCAAUCUGGAGACGUUCUUCAAGACGGUGGCGUUGCAGCACAUGCCGCCUAACUUUCAGCGAUUUGAGGCGAACAAGUUUACCAUUAAACCCAAUCUGCAAGCACAUGUGUUCCUGCGUGCGAAUCAAAGUGUUACUGGCAUAGUUCUACCUGGUAUGCUGAAUGAAGAGAUAGACUUCGAAGAAGGUUCGCAGCAUAUUAUACAGUAUAAUGCCAUAGCGCACUUGGUUAAGUCUGGUGUAGUACAGUUGAUUUGAUAUUCUUAGGACAAGGAAACAUAGCUAAGAAAAGAAAAAGGUUGUGAUAUAUUUCUUUAUGGAUCAACACUGCUGCUUCAGCAGCACCCGCCACAGCCAUAGGAUAAAAUAUCGCCAUGGUAAGUUGAAGAAUAUUAAAA